UUUAACAAAUACUGAGCCUGUACCAGUGCCAAGGUCUAAGCCGUGGCUCGAGCUUCUGGGGUAACGGGUUAGCAAAUUGUAUGACGCAAACCGGAUGCAAUGUUACCCCCACCUGAUAUUGGCAGACACCGCCUUUUUCCGGUCGUACCUUGCAAUAAUUUUAAAAUAAUCUUUCUAAAUUCUCAUCUAAAACUGAUAUUAAAACACUCCUCCAGAGACCUCCGCCCCGUCGCAUAAAACGAACCUAUCUGUUACCCUGCCUCCUGCAUUUACAACGGGGAAAAGGAUUUUUUAGCUGAAAUCCACACAAUGGAACAGCAGUUCUUCUCUCGCCAGUCCACCACACAGCAGAUAUGGACUCCCGGAAGAACAGAUCAUCAAAAGCGCGCACUCAGCAGCCCAAACCAUACGACCGCUCUGAAAACCCGUCCAUCUUCACCCGGGUCCGGCGGUUCUUCACGCCCGCAGCCUGGGCGGCAGAAGUCUCCGACUCUGACAGUCUGGUCGUGCGCGGGCCAGAGCCGUUCACAUUUCCAGAGCCGGAUAUUUCAGCGCUCACCACCCCAAAAACGCUCAAGCUUUCGAGCUCCACCUUUAGCGCGUCGCCCAAUGCAACCCUAGCGGAGUUCUUCCAGCGCCGCGGCGACAACCCGUUGAGCGAGAUCGAAAUGGAAGGCGUGCAGUCGCUCCUCAAGCGGCUGACGGCCAAAAACACGCCGGUUAAGGGCGUGUCCACACCAGAUACGACGGUGCUUCGGUUCCCCAGCGAGCUGGGCCACACCCCCGUGGUGGCCACUCCUCUGUUCACCCCCUCGUAUGCCACCUCACCGGCGCCGACGCAUUCGGCGAAACGUGUCUAUCAGUUCUCUGGGCUCCCGUCCCCGUACCGCACGCGCAUCCGCUCGCCAUUGGCUGCCAGGCUGCCGAUCAUUUCCCUUCCUAUCAAGCGCUCGGACAAACCGCUAAGCAGUACAGCGUCGGCAUUAUUGUCGUUACUUGAGCUGCCGCUGCCGGAAACGCCUGCGGGUUUCUCCAAUCCAUACGCGAAGCGCCGGUUGAAUGACUUGGAGCAGUCCACGCCGAAAAAGGCGACGAUUCUUGAUAUCGAGAACACGAUAGAAAAGGCUCCGUCGGGGGACUUUUCCUUCUCUGUGAUAGUUCCCACCCCCAAGGCAGAGGCCAAGGAACAAAGUACAGAGGCUGUGAAGCCUUUCUUGUUUGAAAAAACAGAACCAGUCAAGCCGUCUUUGGCUGGUGCUACGGAGGUGGUAUCGACGACCCAGAAACCGGUCUUUUCCUCUGGCAGCUCUGAGGCCAAGGAACCAGCUACAUCGGCUCUCUUUGGAAAGUCUUGUGAGAACGGCUCGGACCCAGUAAAGUCUGCUUUUGCGCCUGCCAUGAACGGGCCUGCCACAGCUGGAGCCCCGGAUGUGUCAGAAAAAGAAGAAGCCGCCCUUACUCCGUGCCUGGCUGAGGAGUUUGUAUUUCCACUGAUCGUCCCGGCUGCCAAUGUCGAGGUGGAUGACCUGCUCGUCGCUCAGUAUAAAGACAUUUUCACCUUCUAGGGAAGGAGUUUUUUUUUUUUUUUUUAGUUUCUUUAAUAUCUCUUGGGAAUAUUAAU